UGCAUUUUAUUGUAUGAGUGACUCAUGGUAAAGUACAAUACUUAAAAUAGGAGUCCAAAAAAAGAAUAAAUACAUAAAAAAUAGGAAUCUGCAAAUGAGAAAGAAUUAUGUAUAUAUACUUUUUUUUACAGAGGCCAAAUAUAUUUUAUAAUCAAUUCAUUUAAAAGUAUUUAAUCAGGGGACCUUUCUUUAUGAUAGCUGUUUUUUCUCUUUUUGAAUUUUAUUCUGACGUUUGUUUUUCUUCUCACUUAUUAAAAAAAUAAAAUCUUCUUACUUCCGUGUCCCGCCUUCAUUUUCUAAACUAGAGCUGUGAUUGGCUACCUGUUCUGACCGCCUUAGCCAAUCGGCGUACAGGUUUAACUGCAUUAACCAAUCAGUGGCAAGGUUCAAAAACGUCAUCAUUAGACGUCGGAAACAGCGCUCCAUGUGUGGAAUGAUCGCACAGGUGAUCGAUGAGAUAAUCAGUCGAUUGAAAGGGUUUGGCGGAGCGUCGGUGGGCGGGUUUGGAGUUGGCGUUUAGCAUGAACGCGGUCCACCACGUGAAGGUCCGGUUCUUCACGUCGCUGCUCAGGUUCGGUCAGAGUCUGUCCGUCGGUCCGAGCAUCUUCUCUCCGCCUUCCCUUCGCCGGACCGUCCUGUGGGGUUUCCGGACCAUGGCGUCCGUCGGUGACCGUCUCCCGGAGACGAGCCAAGCGCCGCCGCGAGCUGCGAAGAAAGCCAAGCAGAAGGAGCCGCUGCGCCGGGUCAAGACCAAGGAGAGCCGGGUCAGGCGCGGCGACGCGAACGGACCGUCCACCGUCUACGUGCAGGUGGUCGGAGCCGGAAGCAGAGACAACGCCGCGUGCCUAUAUGUCUUCUCCGAGUUCAACAGGUACCUGUUUAACUGUGGGGAGGGAACUCAGAGGCUCAUGCAGGAGCACAAACUCAAAGCUGCUCGCUUGGACAACAUCUUGCUGACGAGGCUGAGCUGGGAGAACUUGGGGGGGCUGUCAGGAAUGAUCUUGACCCUGAAGGACACUGGCGUUCCCGAGUGCGUUCUCUCCGGACCUCCACAGCUGGAGAAGUAUCUAAAUGCCAUCAAGUCCUUUUCUGGACCUCUGGAGGAGAUCAAGCUGUCGGUGCGACCGUACACGGAGGAGAAGUACCAAGACGAAACCAUGACCGUGUUCCAGGUGCCCAUUUUUGGUGAACGGCGCCGCACAGCAGCGUCCGCAGACCCGUCUCUGACGGUCGCCUUUGUGUGCAAGCUUCACCCCAAGAAAGGAAACUUCCUAGUGGCUGAAGCCAAAGCGCUCGGCCUGCCUGUAGGAACGGCAGCCAUCGGUCCUCUCAUCACAGCGCUGAAAUCCGGACAGAGCGUCAUCCACGACGGGAAGGAGAUCCGCCCCGAGCAGGUCUGUACCCCCACGGACCCGGGACCGGUCUUCAUGGUGGUGGAGUGUCCGUCUGAGGAGUUCCUGGAAGCCGUUUGCUCCAACCAGCAGCUGAGGAGAUAUCAGACAGGCGGAACCGAAGACUCUGCAGUUCUGGUGGUCCACAUGACUCCCGAGCGUCUCCUGGAGACGGAUCAGUACAAGAAAUGGAUGGAGAGGUUCCCGUCCACAACGGAACACUUGAUCAUGAACGAACACGCGUGCACGGUCCACAACAUCCGCAGUCACAAGAUCCAGACGCAGCUCAACAUGAUUCACCCGCAGAUCUUUCCAGAACUGAAGGCCUACAGAGCCAAGGAGCCUCAGGCCGCUUUACACGUCCCGAACAUCAGAGCCGAGUGUUUGCUCAAAUUCCAGCUUCGACCCGUCAUGGAGUGGCAGAGGGACGCCAUCCCCGCCUGCAGCUCUGAGGAGUUUGUGAAAGAAGCUUCGGAGGUCCCGAACUUCUUGGCAGAGGUGGAGAAGUGCCGGACGGCGUCUUCCACGGAUGCCGCGCAGCUUUCGGACGGGAAGUAUCCUGAAGUGGUCUUCUUAGGAACCGGCUCAGCUCUGCCGAUGAAAAUCCGAAACGUGAGCGGCACCUUAGUCAACAUCAGCCCGACUCAGUCUCUGCUGCUGGACUGUGGCGAGGGAACCUUCGGUCAGCUCUGCCGCCACUACGGCGACCACGUGGACGAGGCUCUGUCCAAGAUCUCCACGGUCUUCGUCUCGCACCUGCACGCCGACCAUCACACGGGGCUGAUAAAGCUGCUGUUCCAGAGGGAGCGAGCGCUGACCGGUCUGGGAAAGGCGUUCAGCCCCGUCUGCCUGGUGGCUCCGGUUCAGAUCAUGAACUGGCUCGGUCAGUAUCAUGAGCACUGCGAGGAGAUCCUCGGACAUUUUAAUUUGGUUCCUAAUCGAUGCCUGAGUGACGGUGCCGAGGCCCCGAGACCCAAGACCAAGUCCUUGAUCCAGGCACUGCUGAAGAAGAACGGUCUGCAGAAGUUUCAGACGUGUGCGGUGCGUCACUGCAAAAACGCCUUCGGCUGCAGCUUCACGCACCAAACCGGGUGGAAGCUGGCCUUUUCCGGAGACACCAUGCCCUGUGACGCGCUCGUCCACAUCGGGAAAGAUGCCUCUUUGCUGAUCCAUGAGGCCACGCUGGAGGAUGAGCUGGAGGAGGAAGCUGUGGAGAAACGGCACAGCACAACCUCGCAGGCCAUCGGCAUCGGCAUGAAGAUGAACGCCGGCUUCAUCAUGCUGAACCACUUUAGCCAACGCUAUGCUAAGAUCCCUCUGUUCAGCGACGACUUCACCGACAGGGUGGGCAUCUCCUUCGACCACAUGAGGAUCCGCUUUGGAGACUUUAAAACCCUCCCUAAACUGAUCCCCGCUCUAAAGACGCUCUUCGCCGAGGAGAUCGGCGAGAUGGAGGAGCGACGCGAGAGGAGGGAGCUGAGGUGUCCAAGGGGGGGCAGCGGCGAGCCCGACGCUGAGCAGAGAACAUCCAGGAGCUCUGAGGAAGGACGAGGCGCCAAGAGAGGCCAGCAGGAGGCGCUGAUGGACACGAAGAGGCUGAAGAGCAGCUGAUCCCAAAAACCGCUGGAUUUAGUUUAAAUUAGACUUUUAUUUGUUCUUUAAAGGAACAAAAUGUUUGUUUGCUGUGAGACAGUAAAAUUUAAACAAUAAAUAAGUUUGGUUUUCAUUUGAAAUGAGGUUUUUGAUGGUUCUGCUAUUAAUGUUAAAUCCAAGAUGGGUUAUACAACAAAGGAUUGAAUGUAGAGUUAAAUCCUGAUAGAAGAAUGUUUUAAAAAUAUGGAAGAUAAUGGAGCUGAACGCUAAAAAAACAAUAUAAAUGCAACAAAAUGUUCUCUAGCUGGAAGAUGUGACAUGAUCUGAAAGUAUAAAACACGAUAAAUAUAAAACAAUAUUGCUGAAAGAAUAUUCUUCUGUUUCUUGAAUGCAAAUGUAGCAUAAAAACAGCUGGAAUAAACCCAAAUGAUGUGACGGGUUGGCUCUACGCUAAAACGCUCAGCGAAACCUUUUUUAACAUCCUCAAUGCUGAGUUUGACUAAGAACUGAAUAGAUCACAGGAAUCAGCUGAACGUCAUGUGAGCUAGACGGAAAAUAAAAGUUGAUUAUAUGUUAAAUUUGAGCCUGAUUGAGUCGACAAGGAAAGACCUGAAAGCAGGCCAAAUCCAAAAGGAAAUGUGGAAGCCGAUGUAAUGUUUCCUUAAACAUCUGCAAAGCUUUGGAGCGAUGAAUAAUUCUGUAUGAAACCAAAAAGCAUUUUAUGAAUCAGGAAAAUGACGGUUGUAAAUAAAAAUGUACAAAAAGUUCCAAUGGUUUUUUGUUAUUUGCUGUUUGAAUAAAAGUUGUAAAAUA